AGUAAAAAGGAAAUAAGGAAAACACAUGGAAAACAAAAAAUAAAAAGGAAUUGGAUCCGAUGAAUGAGAAUCGCUAAGUCGCGAAAAGCGAGUCCUGUGCAGUGCAGACCGGAGCACCAGUUCCAUACUGCGUCCUCGUGUGGACGUAUUCCUAUCUUCUUCCAAGCGCCCCACUCUCGUUUACCUAUGUCGGCCUGACAUCUCUCCUAGCCUCACUUCACUUCGCCAUCACUCCUUUAUACUCCUCGACCGCCCACACAGCGCUGCCUCAAGUUUGGACUUGCUAUCCGCACGGCAGUCUCUCCGAGCACGUCGUCCCGGAUGGUUAUGCGUCAUUCGUGCGUACGCUCAGUCGACAGGAAGGUACACGGUCGUGCAAAAAUCACCGAGGAAUCAACGGCCUGUCCCGUCCGCGUGCUACGAACAAAAGGAUAGUAAAAGUGUCGACUGUGCUGUCUUCAAGAGGAUCAGGAGUGAAGCCACUGGAUUUUCUUGUGCCAGAGACACGUGGACUCGUCCGCGGGAAAUAUCCUGGCUAUUCCAACAAGACCUUCUCGUUCCGAGCUCUCGGGGAAGGACUCGUAGAGAGUCUUUAUAGACGUCGAGGUCGACCUCAAGGACCGAGACGGUCAGCAAGACGUACUCGAGGAACGAGACUGGGAAUAUGGCUGGCACGGGGGAGGUCUGGGUACAGUGGUUCACGUGCUGUCUGACUCAACAGGGCCCAGGAGCUCGUAACAAAAGGCAGAGGCCCCAGCAGAGGCUCAGGAUAGAUAGGAGCAUGAUCGGGGCCCCAACGAACUUCCAGCACACCGGUCAUAUCGGCAGUGGCGAUCUUGACAUGGCCAGUGCCCACCUAUCCGCCAUUCAGACCCAAAUGCAGGGAAAAGGCGGCUACGAGGCUGCUUUUGGCGUUAAGGCUUGCUGAGAAACGGUUAGCCCGGUUGCCCCAAGGGUGCUCGAGACCGACUUGUGACAAGGUCCGUGCCACCGUAGGAUCAUCUAUGGGAUAAUCACGGACAAAUCGGUCGAAGAUCACGUCUCUACGUGGGGAAGACGGGCGACCGGGAUUCACACCUACUCGUCCUCUGUACGCUCUUCUGUACCCUCUGUACAUAGAACUACCUCUUACGACGAUCCCGAGAGGAUUGGGUAAGCUUGGUGCCAACUUCGGGUCCAUCGAGAAGGGAAGCUUUCUUGGUGGACGUCGCAGGAGGAUGACCUAGUCCAUCGACCGUUUUAAUUCAGUAUCAAGAAACGUGUCCUCCGCCUCGUUGAUCUUACGGCUCACUCAGGAACGAGGUGGAGAAAGCCAAUCCUGAGCAUUGGAAUCGAGACGAAUUCUUCCACUAGGUAUCUGUACUCCAUAACUGUGACGCUUCAUCCCUCUACAGGGACCAUACAACGUGCCUGUCUUGAGUCCUGCUUCCUCGUGAAGCGUAGAGACGAACAAGAGGAGAGGAAUCCUCUUCUUGUAGUAGAUGCUUCAGAUUUCAUGCGGAUCUCGAUACUCCUUCACGAUUCCUUCUUCUGACCUGACGCCUCCAAUGUGAUAAGUGAUAAGACAUCCUUUCCUCAAUUGACCCACGUGCGAGCUGGAAUAUAUAUAAAUGCGCCGAAGGGUGUUUCUCGAGGAAGUCAACGCACCCUUAACCUUUCACGGAGACGACGUCCCGCCACCGAUCGGACUCGAAACUCGCCUUCUGAACACUGUGUAUUUAUUUAUUAAAGUGGGCGGCUUCGCCCAGGUUACGGUGCAACCUCCGAGAGAACUCUUUUAUUUAUUAAGUUGCUAUUCACUUACCUUGUAUAGUUAGUAGUCGGCAAUAGGAGAUAGUAAGCGUUAACGGUUCUUAUUACCUACUGAGAACAAUCUAACGAACAACCGAUCGGAUUACGAAGGAGACCAAUGUUUGCUUCUCUUUAUUGUGUAACGUGACGUCAUCAGUUUGUCACGUGACACGUACGUUACUCUCGCGACGAAUAAGGUCGAUGCGAUCAGUCUAGAUUCCAAAUUUCAAAAAUUUCAUAAUUAAUCGAUUGUAAGUUAACGGAUAUGAGCUAACGGUCUUCCCAUGUUACGCUUUUACGUAACGACAGUCUGCAUAAUUAUUUACAAUGCCAAAAUUUUUCCACUGAAUCACGUGACUCCUUUUUUUUUUACAAUAAUCAAACACGAUACCGUGUAUCGUUUUUUUUUCUAUUUUCAUUUUUCUAAUACUGCCGGAUGGCACUAGGGUUCUCGAGUAGAAUUUUCGUAUUAGCCAGCGUUGACUAUGACUCUCUAGAUGAAGAUAAGGAGGAUGAAUGUUUUAUGACAGUUGAAUUUUGUCGGACUCCUGCUUGUCUGCUUUUUCUUUUCUUUAUUCGUUCGCGUACUGACGAACUUUUUUGAAAAAAAAUGGCCAGUGCCAUGCUCCUUUUUUUUACAUAUCGUUCGGCUGCUCGAAUGUUUUUUUGGUGCGAGUUGAUUCGUGAACACAUUGGAUUCUAGAGUGCAAUACAUGUCUGAGGGUUAAGCCGACAGAAAGAAAAUUCUCUGCGAUAGAUGAUUGAAAGUAAUGAGAGAGAGAGAGAGAUAUAUAUAUAUAAUGGCGAAUGUGUGUGAGUGCGUAUAUGCGGGAAUGACUAAAUAAAAUAUUUAAAAAAAAAAGUGAAAGAAUGUGCCGAAUCAAGAAUUUUAGAAAUUUGAAAUUUGAUUGCGAGUAAGUGGCGAUAGAAGAUAGACUGUAUACAUAUUUUUUAACUAUACCUAUAGUAUAUUUAAAUGAUUGUUUUUUUGUGAUUACAAUUAUUGAAUACUACGCGUAAUUCUAUUGUAUUAAUGAUAACGAUUAAGAGGAUAACGACUGUAACUCGUAUUAUGAAAUAAACAGAUACCCUAUUGAUCUGUCCUCACAGGACACA